AUGAUUGCCAAAGCCCUUCCUCUCGCCCUCCUUGCCGGCGCAGCCUCGGCCGCUUGCCCUCUCUCGGUCCAGAUUACUGACUCAGACAACCAUGUCGUCAACGUCGCGGUGACAAACACGGGCAACGAGACUGUCUCGGUCUUCAGAGGCAACACGGUGUUCAGUGAGCACGCCACCAAAGAUCUUUUGGUGACUGACGCCGAGGGCAACGCACUUCCGUUCGAGGGCAUCUACGUCAACUACAAGCGUACAGGCCUUGCCGCCAGCUCGUUCCAGAAGAUCGAGGCCGGCCAAACGAUCACGGUUUCCGUCAACCCGGCCAGGAGCUACAAGCUUCAUGGCGUCUCGCAGGCCAAGGUCACUGCGAUCCAGGGCUUCCGCUACGCAACGGGGGCCACCACACCUUCUUCCAUCAAGGAGUUGUCUCUGUGCGCGGAUGUCCUGUCGGGCGAGGUGGACGUCACCCCUGAUCAAUCCGCUGUUGCCAAGUAUGUUCUUUACAACAACAAGUAA